AGAUCAUACCUUCACCAACAAUCGGAGGUAUACAUCCUCGCUUUUUGGAGCGGUCCGGUUCUUGUUCCUUACGUGAUGCUUUUUGAUGUCGAUACCCUGAAAAUCAUGAAUAAUAUUUUGUCAAAAAAAUAUUUUAGACGUUCAAAGUUUUGA